AUGAGCCAGGAGUACGCCAACGGUAAGGGCAAAGCCCCUGCGUCCCAGGACACUCAACCCGACACCAACAACACCGCUCGCCAUCCAAACGAAACAAAGUUCAUGACGGUCGGCAACGGUGCCGCUUCGGAACACGCGGCACGCCUGCAGCAUCUGAUAGACGUCGACUCUGGAUAUGGUGGAAGCAUUGCCGGAGAUGAGCAGGCCGCCAUGGCCGGUGGAAACUGGGAUGCGCCAAUGCAGCACGAGCGGCAGUCCGGAGUCGUCCAUCAGAUCUGGUACAAUCGCCAGCGCACUGCCCUCGGCCGCUCCCUAAACAAGGUUCUAGAGCUAUUGAAUAGCCUGCAAGAAAUCAACACUUCAUGGCCUGCCCACUAUCCCUCCGUACAACGCUCCGACCUCGAAGCCAAUGCCACUCGACCAGGCCUGCAGCGCAUCAGCACCAUGGCCCCCGAUGCGGCCAGCUCAACUUCUUCCAUGCAAGCCCAGCCACCAAUGCUCAGACGUGCCAUGACGUCUUUGCAAGACCACAUCGCCGAGUCUAGUAACGUCGCCGAGCGAAGAGCAGUACCCGAACCCCGACUUGUGUCGCCACAAAUCGCACAAGAAUUCUCCAUCCUCAAACUCGAUCUAAAACUCGGGUCGUUGAACCACACCGAGCUAGUCCACUCUCUGGAGAAGCAUUCGAUUGCUGCUCUGCUCGAUGGCAAGAUUAGCUCCAGCAUCAAACAUUUGAUAUCUCUCCGAGAACGCAUUGAAGAUACAACAAGUAAAGUGCUCAUCACUGGAGACUUGAACGCCGGCAAAUCAACUUUCUGCAACGCCCUUCUUCGUCGAAAGCUGUUACCUGAAGACCAGCAGCCGUGCACCGCCAUCUUUUGCGAAGUUCUCGAUGCAAGGGAAAAUGCUGGCUUGGAGGAAGUCCAUGCCGUUCACAAGAACGCCACUUACAACCGAAACGACGAGAGCACUUAUGACGUUUUCACCCUGAUGGACCUCGAAAAGAUUGUCGUCGAUAAUGAGACAUAUACACAAUGCAAGAUCUUUGUCAAGGACAGCAGAGCGAUUGAUGAAUCUUUGCUCAACAAUGGUGUCGUCGAUAUCGCUUUGAUCGACGCGCCAGGUCUCAACUCAGACAACACAAAGACCACUGCCAUCUUCAGCAGACAAGAAGAAAUCGACGUGGUAGUCUUUGUUGUUUCGGCCGCCAACCACUUCACACAGUCCGCGGUAGACUUCAUUACAACAGCUGCCGCUGAAAAGGCCUAUAUUUUCAUGGUCGUCAACGGCUUCGACAACAUACGAGACAAAGAGCGCUGCCAAAAAAUGAUUUUGGAUGGAGUUGGCAAGCUCAGCCCGCGCACGAGAAAGGAGUCUGAUGAGCUAGUCCACUUCGUGUCCAGCAAUGCCAUCCCGGUUGGCCCGUCGCCUCCAGGAGGCCCAGGCGGCAGCGGAAGCUCCAGCGGUGGCGGCGGUGGUGAUGACCCAGACGACGGCGGCAAGGGUAAAGGCAAGGACAUGGACAAAAUUCGGGACUUUGAGGCUCUGGAGCAGUCUCUCCGCAGAUUUGUUCUAGAGAAGCGGGCGAGGUCCAAGCUUGCUCCCGCCAAGACAUAUCUCGUCAACAUUCUCAACGAUGUCAAUACUCUUGCCAGUGUUAACCGAGACGUCGCCCAGUCCGAGAUUGACCGUGUUACCCGUGAGCUCAGAGAACUGGAACCCCAGCUCGAAUCAAGCAAGAAAGCAAGAACCGAGGUUGACGACCAGGUCAACACCAGUAUCGAAAUCACAUGCAAGGAAGUCUACGAUGAUACACGCUCUCAACUUACCACGGCCAUUACAGAGUCUGGCAAUGCCAAUUACGACAUUGCAUAUCCAGGGCUGUUUGGUGCCUUUUCCUACGCCGACGACCUGAAGGAGGCCAUGUUGUCGCAGAUCUCGGAAGCUGUCCACAUUUGCGAGGACCGCGCCAGACAGAGGACAAUGCGUGGUGUCAAUACCAUCAAGCAACUGGGCUUACUGCACAUUGGGGACGAAUUCCAAAAUUUGCACUUCAAGCCCGAUGUCAUGUUUCGUCGCAAGCGUGAUGCUCUUGCGCGCAACGUUCACAUUUCUACCGAGGUUUGGGACUUUUUCGAUUGGUCCACAAUUGUGCAUAAGCAAGAGAAACUUGCCAGCACCAGUAUGGCCUUGACAGUCGCGGGUGCCGUGGUGCCACGCAUGAUGGGUAUGGGCAACUGGAUGGAUCAGGCUCUCACAGCAAGCAAGGUCCUGAGCAACGACAACCUGCGCCAGCUGAUUCUGCCCGGUAUCGUCAUUGCCGCCGUCGCCGCGUCUGCCUACGUUCUCCAGCAGAUUCCCAAGUCCCUGCCUCCUCGCCUCGCGGCCAAGAUUACGCAGCAGCUGGCCGACAUGGACUAUGUCCACGGCAACUCGGCCCGCAUUGCCUCGUCAGUCCGCAAGGUCCUCCGCUACCCAGCUGACAACCUGCGCGUGCGUCUCGAGCAGAGCGUCAAGGAGCUCGACCACCGCCGCGACGAGACCGUCCAGACGCGUGCCGAGAGUGAGCGUGCCGCCAACUUUUUCGGCGACCUCGCCCUCAAGAGCGAGAUGGAGCGCAGCAAGGUCAACGAUGUCGACCUCGAGACACCACCGCAAGGCGUGCAGUAA